GAAGACCGCUGUUGUGGGAGGUGAAUUUCCACCUUGUGCGCAUGCUCCGCCGUUGUUAAUUUCUUCCAGUUUUGACCAUGCCGACCAUCAGCGUGAAGCGGGAUUUGUUAUUUCGGGCUCUGGGGCAGACGUACACUGAUGAAGAAUUUGAUGAACUAUGUUUUGAAUUUGGUCUGGAAUUGGAUGAAGUGACAUCUGAAAAGGAUAUUAUAAGCAGAGAGCAAGGAGAUGGAAAAGCAGAUGGUGCAUCAGAGGUGGUACUAUAUAAAAUUGACGUACCUGCGAAUCGCUAUGACCUCUUAUGCUUGGAAGGAUUGACCCGUGGUUUGCAGGUCUUCAAGAACAAAAUUGAAGCUCCUAGAUACACAAGAGUGGGACCACUAAAUGGAGACAUGCAGAAAUUAGUGAUCACCAAGGAAACAGCGCAGGUUCGUCCACAUGCUGUAGCAGCUGUUCUUCGCAAUAUAAUUUUUACUAAGGAUCGCUAUGAUAGUUUCAUGGAGCUGCAGGAAAAACUACAUCAGAACAUCUGCAGGAAGCGAGCUCUUGUUGCUAUUGGAACGCAUGAUCUGGAUACAGUAUCAGGACCCUUCAGUUAUACAGCACAACCACCCUCUGAAAUUAAGUUCAAACCAUUAAACCAGUCAAAGGAAUACACUGCACCUGAACUUAUGGAUCUUUAUAGAACAGAUAGUCACCUUCGCCAUUAUUUACACAUUAUUGAAGACAAACCAGUUUACCCUAUUAUCUACGACAGCAAUGGCAUUGUUCUUUCUAUGCCUCCUAUCAUAAAUGGAGAUCACAGUAAAAUAACUCUCAACACACGGAAUGUUUUUAUUGAAUGCACAGCAACCGAUCGCACUAAAGCAAAAAUAGUGCUUGAUACACUUGUCACAAUGUUUAGUGAAUACUGCGAGAAACCAUUUACAGUUGAGGCAGCUCAAGUGAUUUAUCCUAAUGAAGAAAUGUACAUUUAUCCAGAGAUGGGGUACAGAAAAGAAAUUCUGAGUACAGAAUUUAUUAAUAAAAGAGUUGGAAUCAAUGAAACACCAGAUUCUCUUGCCAAAUUGCUGACUCGCAUGUAUUUAACGUCCAAGGUGAUAGGGAAUGGAACACAAUUAGAAAUUGAAAUCCCCCCUACGAGAGCAGACAUCAUCCAUCUAUGUGACAUUGUAGAAGAUGCAGCAAUAGCCUAUGGUUACAACAAUAUCAAGAUGACAGUUCCCAAAACCUAUACUGUGGCUAAUCAGUUUCCAUUGAACAGAUUAUCUGAGUUGCUGAGGCAGGACAUGGCAGCUGGGGGCUUCACAGAGGCUUUGACCUUUGCUCUGUGUUCUCAGGAUGAUGUUGCUGACAAGCUGGGCAAGGAUCUGGCAAAGAUAAGAGCAGCACACAUAGCCAAUCCCAAAACAGCUGAAUUUCAGGCAGUUCGCACAACUCUCCUCUCUGGUCUGCUGAAGACAAUUGCAGCCAAUAGAAAAAUGCCACUGCCUCUGAAGCUGUUUGAAAUUUCAGAUGUUGUUCUGAAGGAUCCAUCUAAAGAUGUUGGUGCGAAGAAUGAAAGACGCCUUUGUGCUUUGUAUUACAACAAGAAUCCUGGCUUUGAGGUGAUUCAUGGUUUGCUGGACCGCAUAAUGCAACUUCUCGACCUGAAGCCUGGAAAGGAGAAUGGAUACUACAUACAGGCUGCAGACGAUUCCACUUUCUUCCCGGGUCGAUGUGCAGAGAUCUUUGCUAAAGGUCAGAGCAUAGGCAAGCUGGGAGUUCUUCACCCUGAUGUUAUCACCAAAUUUGAACUGACCAUGCCCUGCUCUGCACUCGAGAUUGAUAUUGAGCCCUUUCUUUGAAGGAUGAGACUGCUUCUUAGUUCUUAUUACACUUUUGUGUCAUUCUGCCAUUCUUUACAAAGAGCAGCAAGUGACGCUAUUCAACUGUAAAAAUAAAUAUUUAAUAAGGCAAAGGAUCCUGUGUCUGCUUUGUGGUUAAAUAUGUUUUCCAUUCUGUAAUUUUAUCUGUUUGCCUGAAACAUGAUAGUUUAUUCUUUAGCAUAAAUUACCAAAACUAUAAAUGUAUGAAACAACAAUCCAAUGCAACAUAAGUGUAACAUGAGAAGUAAUAAAAUAAUUAAAAUUGC